AUAUCAAUUUACAUUAUUUUUUCAGAAAAAGUAAACACUGUUAUUGAAUAUGUUUCAAAUAUGCUGUCGGUUAUGUUUAGAACAGGUUCAUUUAAACAAAAUGCAGUCUUUAUACGGACGAUACGAAGAUUUCACAAUCCGUGACAAAAUAUAUGAAUUAUUUCAUAUAAAAUUCUCGGAUACGGAGAAACUUUCCUCUAUUUGCGACGAAUGUAUGAAGAAAAUCCGGAUGGUUGACAACAUUCGUAAUUCCUUCCUUGAGGCAGACCGAAAAUUUCAACUAUUGUUAACAGAAAAUUUAGAGGAGGAAUCGUGUUGUAAAGUGGAAACGGAUGAAAAUCACGUCGAUACCCAAGAUAAUACUUGUUUCAAAAGUACAACUGAAAGAGCGGGAAGUAUAGUCCCAGAUUGUACUGAUGAAUCAAAUUCUGGUCAAAAACAAUCUGUGAUGGUUCAGGGUCAAAAUUCAACAAAUCACAAUUUUGAGCAGCCACCAACAGCACAACAUGUUGAAAUGUUUUCAAAUGAACAUGAGUCCGAUGCAUUGAUAGAAACUUUAGAAACCCCCAGCGAAGAUUUAUCGGACUCAGAAGUGACUGUUUAUGAGGAGGAAAUGCUUUCUGAACUUUCGACUACUUACGAAAAGGAAAAUAGGAUUGAUAAUUAUGAUGAAUCUGAUAAUCUUAUCUAUACAUCAGAUCAAAGUUGCGAUGUAAUUGAACUGGAAGAAUCAAAGUUUGUAGAGUUAAUGAACGACGAAGCGAUCUUUGAUAAAACAGUGGAAACUGACAAUAACCAGACCGCAUUUUUAGAGGCUGAACAAGGGGAGACCGUUUCAAGUGAACAUCAAUGCAAUUUAUGUAACGAAACGUUCGACGACAGCGACAAUCUUAUUCAUCAUCAAAACAGUGUACACCAAAAUGCUGAAUCUCAUUCAUGCAAACAAUGCUUUCAGCUUUUCGAAUCAAACAAUGAAUUGAAAAUGCAUGACUGCAUUGAAAAAUCUCAUAUUUACCGAUGUUUAUUUUGUUCCGAAUGCUUUGGAACCGUUAAAGAUCUGCGUAGCCAUACACAAAGUUCUCACGGAAGUUAUACUAAUGGUAAUGUCACGAUACGAAAAACAGAUCUUUAUAGGUGCGCACUUUGUACGGAUGUUUUUCGAAACAACAAAGAGCUCAUAGAACAUGGACACUCGACACAUCCAGAUGGUUUCAUUCUCCAUCGAUGCGAACGAUGCGACAAGACAUUUGGUAACAUUAAAAUUUUGCAGGCACAUUUGACAGCCCACGAAAAGAACUACGAGUGCAGUUAUUGUGGGAAAGUGUGCCCAAACAGUGUCUCUUUGGCUGGCCACGAAAAUACUCAUACGAAGGAACAACCGUUCCAGUGCACCCAAUGCGGUCGCAGUUUUGCCCAAUACACCAGUAUGCGUAGGCACAUGAAAAUACAUUACAAUGAGAAAGCCUACCAAUGCGAGUUUUGCCCAAAAAGAUUCCGGCAACGAUCUGUUAUGCUCACUCACAAAAGGAUACACACGGGAGAGAAGCCCUUCUCAUGUGUCAUUUGUAGUAGGACAUUUCGAGAUCACAGCACGUUGGCCAAACAUAAGAAGGUUCACGAAAAACAUGAUAAGCGUGAGAAGUAGAAAGAUGGCAUUGUUAUUGAAAUAUAUUCUUACGAACGUUCUAUUUUUUUUUCUUAAA